GUUAUGGUUUCGAGCCAUCACUAUGAAUACUGUGCUUAAAAUAUUAGUUUUACUUGUGAUAGUUGAAUGGGCUUGCGGUAUUCCAUUACAAACAUCAGAUAAAACUGCGAGCAAUGUAAAAAGCCCGAGAACUUUACCAAACAACAAUCUAACUUCUGAUGAAGUAUGGGAUUAUAUGUUUGAAAAGGGUUACGUUGUGGUACUGCCUCUUACUCAGAACGAAGACAAAUCGGAAGUACUUAAUGAUGAAUCUCAACUUUCAAAUUCCUCAGACACAGACCAAAACAGAAAUAUUUUAACUAAAGUCAAAAAUUCCAAAGAUGCACUUAAAUAUCUAACUAUAAGGGGUUAUGCUGAAGUAAUUCCUCUUGCUGAAAAUGAAAAUAAAUCAGAUGCAGAUAAAUAUGCUUCAAACACCAGUCAAAGCAGAAGUUUUCUAACUAAAACCAAUUUAACUUCUGACAAAUCGGAAGUACUUGAUGAUGAAUCUCAGCUUUCAAAUUCCUCAGACACAGACCAAAACAGAAGUUUUAUGACUAAAAUCAAGAGUUCCAAAGAUGCACUUAAAUAUCUAACUAGAAGGGGCUAUGCUGAAGUAGUUUCUCUUGCUGAAAACGAAGACAAAUCAGAUGCAGAUAAAAAUGCUUCAAACACAAGUCAAAGCAGAAGUUCUCUAACUAAAACCAAUUUAACUUCUGACAAAUCGGAAGUACUUGAUGAUGAAUCUCAACUUUCAAAUUCCUCAGACACAGACCAAAACAGAAGUGUUUUAACUAAAAUCAAGAGUUCCAAAGAUGCACUUAAAUAUCUAACUAGAAGGGGCUAUGCUGAAGUAAUUCCUCUUGCUGAAAAUGAAGAUAAAUCAGAUGCAGAUAAAAAUGCUUCAAACGCCAGUCAAAGCAGAAGUUCUCUAACUAAAACCAAUUUAACUUCUGACAAAUCGGAAGUACUUGAUGAUGAAUCUCAACUUUCAAAUUCCUCAGACACAGGCCAAACCAGAAGUGUUUUAACUAAAAUCAAGAGUUCCAAAGAUGCACUUAAAUAUCUAACUAGAAGAGGUUAUGCUGAAGUUAUUUCUCUUGCUGAAAACGAAGACAAAUCAGAUGCAGAUAAAAAUGCUUCAAACACAAGUCAAAGCAGAAGUUCUCUAACUGAAACCCAUUUAACUUCUGACAAAUCGGAAGUACUUGAUGAUGAAUCUCAACUUUCAAAUUCCUCAGACACAGGCCAAACCAGAAGUGUUUUAACUAAAAUCAAGAGUUCCAAAGAUGCACUUAAAUAUCUAACUAGAAGGGUUAUGCUGAAGUAAUUUCUCUUGCUGAAAAUGAAGACAAAUCAGAUGCAGAUAAAAAUGCUUCAAACACAAGUCAAAGCAGAAGUUCUCUAACUGAAACCCAUUUAACUUCUGACAAAUCGGAAGUACUUGAUGAUGAAUCUCAACUUUCAAAUUCCUCAGACACAGGCCAAACCAGAAGUGUUUUAACUAAAAUCAAGAGUUCCAAAGAUGCACUUAAAUAUCUAACUAGAAGAGGUUAUGCUGAAGUUAUUUCUCUUGCUGAAAACGAAGACAAAUCAGAUGCAGAUAAAAAUGCUUCAAACACAAGUCAAAGCAGAAGUUCUCUAACUGA